AUGCAUCAAGUGGUAGAAGUACUUCCAUCUCUAUCAGGAACUUCGAAUGAAUCAUUAUUAAAAACUGAAAUUGAUCAUGAACAACCAACUAUUUCAUUAACAGAAUCACUAGUAGCGCCACCAUCAGUCACUCAAACACAAUUGAUUACAGUGCCAAUAGUAUCCGCUCAACCGUUUUUAACAAGCACUCCAUCAGCAACAAUAAAACGAACAAAACGAGGUUUUCGAACUUAUCUUAAUAGUAAAAAAGUCAAUCGCACAUCUAUUAAACCAACGACAGUACUUGCUCGACCAUCGACUAUAAUUCCAUAUUCACCAAAACCAAUUUUACUUAACAAUCAAAUAACACCGAUUAUUCCAAAAUCAGUAACAUCAAUUCAAACAAAUCCAUCAACAGGAUUUACUACUUAUUUAGUUGUCGAUGGUAGUCAAGGACAACUUGUUCAAGUUUCUAAUGAUGGACAAAAACCAGUUACAUUUCGAAAUCAAGUUGGACAAGUUCUUCAAGCAACACCUAUUACAGUUGUUUCAACUGCUAAUCAACCUGUUAUAUCUUCAUUUCCAACAAAUAGUAAUUGUUCAUUAUUAUCAAAUUCAUCACAAACAAUUACAACUGUUCGAACAAGUUCUUCGAUUGAUAUGCAACAACAAACAACUUUAACAAAUGGUACAACAACAAUGACAACACAACAAUUAACAGGUAUUAAUCAUCAAACAUCACUUCUACCAACAACUAUUAUUAAAGGAAAUAAUAAUUCAUCGUUAGAAGAAUCAAAUACAACAAAUAGUAAUCUUUCAUUAUCAUUAACACAAAUAGCAGAGAAAGUUAGUCAUCGUCAUCGUCGAUCAAGCAGUUCAAGUACAUCGAAAAAGAAACGUGGAAGACCAAGAUUAUAUGAACGAGAUCCAUUGACAAAUAAACCAAUAAAAAAUGAUCUAACACCACCGACAAUAACUACUGAAUUAACUAAACCAAAUAUAACAAAUACAACAUUUAAUACAUUAUCUAAUCAUUCAAAUAAUUGUAGUUCAUUUAUUUUUCCAAAUCAAAUAACAACAAUUCCUGUAACUAAUUCUUCAUUAUUACAACAAUAUCCAUAUUCAUAUCCAUCAUUACUUAAUGGAACCACAUCAACAAAAACACUUACAUCACCAAAAUUUAAUACUCUAGCUAAUACUACAAAUUCAUCAUUAUCAUCAACUACUUUUCCAUAUUUAUCUCAAUCUGUAACAAAAGAAUAUUCUCAAUCAUCGACUUCUUCCAUAACACCAACACAUAAUUUUGAAAGAAAUUCUCAAACAAAUUCAAAUCUUUCGAAUAUUAUUCAACAAAAUUCAUCAUCAUCAUCAUCAAAUCAUGAUAUUGCUGUUCAUUAUAUUGGUGGUUUUGUCAUACGUGAAAGUGAUCAUCCAUUUGUAGUUAAUGAUAAUUUAAAUCAAAAUAAUAAUAAUAAUAAUCAACUUCAAUGUAUUAUAUGUCAAAAAAUUGAUAUUUCACAAAGAUUUUUUGAUCGAGAAAAAAAAUUUUGCUCAAUAUUAUGCUCAUCAAAAUCAAAUGAAAAUAAACCAUUAAUAAUUAAUGAACCAAUACGAGUAUUAGAAAAUAUUAAUGUACAACAAUCAAUUGACUCAAAUAUCAAUGAGCAAAUACCAUUACCACAUGAUCAUGGUCUACCGACUGAUCCAAAUAAAUGGACGGUUUUACAAGUAGGUCAAUUCAUUGCACGUUUAACAAACGAAACAAUACGUCAAGCAUUUUAUGAAAGUGAAAUAGACGGUCAAGCUUUAUUAUUAAUAACUCAAGAACAUUUACGUGAUACAAUGAAAAUUAAAUUAGGACCAUCAUUAGUUAUAUCAAGUGAAAUAACUAAAUUACGUGAACGUGCAAAAACAUUUUCUCCUUGA